AUGGCAGUCAUCGCAGUCGCGGGAGGCACGGGGAACGUAGGCCGAACUUUGGUCGAGGCAAUUGUGGCCACUGGCAAGCACGAAGUCAAGAUCCUCGCUAGAAAGGCAAACCCCGAGUUGGAGAAGGAACUCGGGGCUUCGAUUGUGGUGGUUGAUUACGCCGAUGUGGAAGCCACAACCAAAACUCUGGAGGAGCACAAUGUCCACACGGUCAUCUCAGCUAUCACCAUGAUACCGCCACCAGGAGAAACUCCCCUUGAGUUCGAGCUAAUCCGCGCCGCCGAUGCAUCAGCGUCGACCAAGAGAAUGAUCUCCAGCGGAUGGGGUGCCCCUCACACCGAGGAACAAAGCAGCCAGUUGGGUUCUGUUCCAAACAAACUUCGCGCUGCCGCCCUCUUGAAGGAGACGAAGGAUCUCGAGUACACCGUCGUCCACAACGGCUUCUUCCUUGACUACUGGGCGACACCUGCUGUCCCCUCCAACAUGAGUCCCUUUACUCUCUUUAUCGACAUUCCAGGCAACGCCGCAGCUAUCCCAGGAUCGGGAAACACACCCUCGGCUUUCACCCACACCAAAGAUGUGGGCAAAUUUGUAGCUGCUGCUCUGGAUCUGGACAAGUGGGAGCCUGACACUUUCAUUGUUGGUGAUAAGGUCACUUUAAAUGAAUUCGUCCAGCUGGCAGAGGCUGCCAAAGGCACCAAAUUCAACGUUGCGUAUGACAGCGUUGAGAAACUGAAGACUGGCCAGGCGACAGAACUCCCUGGCCAAAUACCUGCAUAUGCGUUCUUCCCCAAAGAGGCGUACCAGGGUAUGGCUGCUGUAUUUGGUCUCUGGUUUGAGAACGGGAUCUUCGAUAUUCCUCCUGCUGGAAAGAAGACUCUCAAUCAGAUUUUCCCUGACAUCAAGGCUUGGACUGUGAAGGAAAUCCUGGAUACUGCUUGGAAGGCUUGA